CCGAAACUUAGCAUCAAUCUCACCGGAGACCACGGCACAGUCAGGACGAGUCAAGACCUCACAGCGCAACCCACACGCUUGACACGAAUCGCGCAUAGCUUACAAUGCAUCGCUCUACUACAUCCCUAAUAGCGUUCGGCUCGAUGGGCCGAGGUUGGCCUUUCGCAAGCACAAGCUCUACCUUGUCAUGGGCAGCCGCAGCCGCUAGGUCGCGCAUGUGGGGAAAGGAGGCAGGUGGGAGGGUAUCGUGGUGCCAGCGCGCAUGCUUGAGCACGUCAACACCAAUCGCAAAAACGCGAGUAGGAACGUCACUGGGUAUCGGCACCACCAUCUGCGCAGGUUGGAGUGGGAGAUGGGCGGCGGGCCAGGGAAUAGGAAAGAGAAGCAUCUCGCUCGCGAGCACGAGCAUGGCUGCCCCACCAGCAGGCAUAUUUCCACCCCGAAACAUCCUCAUUGUGAACAAGCUCCGAACAGACCCAGUCGUGAAAGCGAUAGACGAACUUCUCAUUCAUGUCCGGAGCACAUAUCCAGAAGUCCAGAUAUAUGCCGAGAAUAGGCCUGACAUCCCUGAAGGCGUCCAGGCGUGGAAACCCGGGCCCUCGUCUCCAGACAUCGAUCUCGUAGUCACGCUUGGCGGGGACGGUACCAUACUGCAUGCUGCCUCACUCUUCUCCAAAGGCGCGGUCCCACCUGUGUUGUCAUUCUCCAUGGGCACGCUCGGAUUCCUGUUACCUUUCCAUAUCGACGAUUUCGUCAAGAGCCUCGAAGCUGUCUUCCUUGGAAAAGCAACCAUCCUCAACCGCAUGCGGCUCACGUGCACGUUCUACGACAAGGACGGGAACAGAAAAGGUGAUGACGAAGACCGCUGGCAAGUGAUGAACGAAAUCGCGCUACACCGCGGCGCAUCUCCACACCUGAACACGAUCGACAUCUUCGUCGACGGACAGCACCUCACCGAGGCCGUCUCGGACGGCAUCAUCGUUUCCACGCCCACCGGCUCGACCGCGUACUCGCUCUCCGCCGGCGGGCCGAUCGUGCACCCGUCGCUCGCCGCGCUCGUGCUCGUGCCGAUAUGCCCGCGGAGUCUGAGCUUUAGGCCACUCGUGUUUCCGAGGGGGAGCGUUAUUAGGCUUCAGAUUGGAGGUCGCUCCCGCGCGUCCGCGGGUGUGUCAAUGGAUGGCCGGUCAUCGCUUGUCCUCGAUCCCGGCGACAGUGUCACAGUGCACGCUUCACCAUACCCGGUUCCAUGCAUUAAUCGCUCGUCGAUAGUUGAAGACGGCGUGGGACGCGGUGCAGGGAGGGAAGAACAUGUCGACGGAGAUGGUAAACAAGUGGGGGGAGAGAAAGAGGGUGUUCCUGAAGAUAGUAAGGAGGGAGUGGCCCCAGGCAAGGAAGACGACUGGGUGCGGGAUAUCAACAACCUUCUUCAGUAUAAUGCGACGUUCCGCUCUAAGCAGCUCUUACGCUAUCGGUAGGGCAGGCGAGGCGAGAGGGGGGCGGGGAUAGUGUAUGCUGUAGAGGAUCACAUCGUACGUUAUCUCCAGGGAACAACAAGGCAUCCUUUCAAGUGAAGGCAUGCCGUAGGAGCCAUUGAGCAUCAGGUCGAAAGGGUGAAUCUAGGGCACUAGUACUGUUGUCCGUUACAUACAAAGCGCCCUAUUUGUCUUCUCCGAUGCUCAGGACCAGAGGAGAAGCGGCUGUGAUUUCGAUGACGCUACUUUUACCACAAUGUGAAAACGAAUUGUGAAUGUGC